AUGCGGGGAUGGAUCAGGACAGGGCCCUCUCCACAAGCCCUUCAUCGUACACCCAUCCGAUUGCCCGAGCGUCUACUGGACUCGCACUCGGCGUGCGCUCUAGCAGCAUCACAGGCGGGGCUUGUGGUGAAGGAAGGAGGCCCGAUCAUCAACGGGUCAGUACUUCCGAUGCAGGGAUCUCAGCACACGCCAGACAGGCCCGCACGCGAGGGAAGUCAACGUCGGCACACCACGCCAUCGCUGAGCACGCAGGCUUGGGAGGAAAGCAGAGGUGCUCGGCGGCAACGUGAUAACCUUGCGGAUCUUUUUGGGCUCGACGCCGACAUCGUCACAGAGAAGGGUAAGGAUGCCUUCUACACCAUCCCCUCAUACCAUUGGGGCUCCUGGACGAAGACGACGAAACCGUGGGGCGCCGACUGGGGUUUUACGGGCAAUGAUGCCGAUGGAUUCACCUUCUUUACUGCCGCGAGGGGUGCACAUGUUGAGGUAUGCCUUGGACCCACGAAGCUGAAAGGGGUUGGACCGAUUACUUCCAUCAACGGGCACUGCGUUCGGAACCACGACGCCCUCCGCAGGUUUACGGCAAUCGGCGCGGAAGAUGAUUUGACGGAGCUUCUCAACGUGGUGUGGUACACGCUUCCUUGCCAAGGCGUCUCUCAGCAGCAUGUCCGGGAGGACGCCAAGAUGCCAGCAGGGGCCGCCGACGUUUUCCCGAGUCUAGUCCGCCAGGCGCAACGGAACCUCGAGAGUAAUCCGACUUUGCCGUUUGGAGAGCGGGGGAGAUGGCAGAACGCUUUUGUCGAGGGCCUGUUGUCUGGCCCCUCUGGGGUUUCCGGGGUGUUGGGCACCGUCGGGGGUCACAGUGUCCCGGGUCACGGCGGGGUUGGAGGUCACAAGGUGUUUUGGGCGAAAGGAUGUGUUGGAGUUGCCACUCCAUUCCAAGGCCUAAACUCGGUGCCCCGGUGUCAGGGGUGUAGAGGUUUCGUGAGGGAGGCGUUGCGACCGCGGCUACAGAAUGCAUCGAAGGCCGAGUCCCUCAAGUCGAGCAAGAACAUCUACAUGACCAGAGCACAAAAGGUGGAUGUGACGAUCGUUUCAGCGCCACAACGGGUACCUAGGAUCACAAGCAAGCUCUGGUCCACGGCAGCUGACCUGAAUAGAGAGCGAACUACCACGGCCCGGCUGCGUGAACGGAUCGUUUCUAUGAGGAAGGAGUGCGUUCGCGUUCCUGUGGAACAAGGGGAAGCUCUUCAUAAGUUCCUUGUCGACGCCGAGACGAAGGAGGUGAUACACUCGAGACUCCCUCAGGGAAGCGACCAGAGGUAUUUCUAUGAGGAUCAGGUGAAGUGGAACACGAGUCACGGCAAAGCGAAGGGGUUUCGAUUCCACCCGGCUACGAUGAGACUUGCCAUCUACAUCCAAGGGAUUGCGGGGACUGCGGCGUACAACAUGCUGAGGAAUGUCCUGCACCUGCCUAGCCCUGAACGCAUCAAGCAGCUGCGACGGAACGCCGCCCCUCCUAGGACGGGUGUGCUGACCGAGAACAUCCUGAAAUACGGGAAGCUCGCGGCCACGCAAGACGCUGACAAGGUCGACCUGAUGGGGGUCUUGACGUGGGACCUCAUGCACCUCAACAAGAACGGUUUUAGUUUCGCACCCAAUGGGGGGGGGUUCACGGGCCUCGUGGACGAGACGACGUUCUUCAACCCCAUCUACAAGCACGAGGGGGGGGUUGUAAAGGAAGUAGAGCCAAUUCUGGAAAAGAUUGUCGCCACGCAAUACGUCGAGAUGUUCUUCGUGAGCAUCGGCAAGCCGGAGUACAAGUUCGUCGUGUGGCGCGAGGCUGUCCGCUCUCUCAGCACGGACUACAUCCAACGCAUGUUGAUCCGGGCCAUGCGUUAUCUUGCGAUGGCCCACCCGGACAAGGCCUUCGACGUCAUAGCCACCGAAUGCGAUGGUGCACCUGAGCACCGUUCUUUUCAGACACACGCGGCAAUUUUAGGGUUCUGUCAUUGGAUCAAGGGGCCGAAGGAGGGCUCGUUCGCUGGCUUCAAGGUCGGGUUCCUGCACCCCGUUCAUCUUCACGAGGUAUUCAACAUGAGCGACCCCAUGCACAUUCUCAAGAAGAUCGUCAACGCCCUUUGGCACAGCGACAUCCCCGCCAAGCAGCGCCAGCUGGGGAUGUGGUGCGUCACCGACCAGGACGAGUUGAAGUUUUCUCAGUUUUCCCUGAAGACCGCGCAACGAGUGUACAACGACGUCGAGUACGACAACGACAGCAUGACUCCCGAGGAACGAGCUGCCACCUUGACCAUCUUCCCAGGCAUGCCAGUGGGCGCGUUCAACAGGACUAAUUUCACCUGCAUGAACGUCAAGCUUUCUGCGAAGGUGGUGUCGGGGACCAUCGUCCGAGCUAUCCGCGAAGUUCGGGCCAACCAGGAGACGAGGGGCGAAUCCCCGGACCUUGCACUGGGAUGCUAUGAGGGCCUGGCUGUCCACCUCAACGACUUCGUAGAUAUCUUCAACGGAGACUACGGUCGCACGAAGUUCGAGCGUCGCGCGAAAAUCAACAAGAUGAAGGGAUACGUGACUUCGGCUGAGGACCCCAUCCUCGAGAGGCUCAUGGAGAUUCUGAGGUACUUCGACGAUUGGAACGACAUGCUGCAGGAGUUCCCUCCCCCGACCGGCGGCGGAGACGUGGGAUGGAAGAAGCAUUUCAUCACGCGACAUUCUCGAACACUGGUUUGCGCACACAUCCGUGCGGGCUUGGGGACGUUGAGGAACCCCACGGCGGCGCAGGCGAAAGAGAGGUCUGUACGUGGCGACCUCAACCGAGGUCUACACGGAGGUUCCCGGGCGAACUUCAACCGCAACGCGCGGUCCGGGGAUGACUUCAACGUCUCCGAUUACAGGGGCAGAAUCAUGUUGGCAGUAACACAGGCGGUGGCCGCCGAGAACGUGCGCUCGCGAUCGAGGAAUUCGCCGAACGCCGUUUUGUGCCCGCGUUACAUUUCCGUCGAACCCCUUGCGGCGACCCCCGUGGUAGAGACCUCCGUCCCGGCCGCCCAGGGCUCGUCGACGAUAGUCAACCCAUACGCGUCGUCGAAGUAG